AUGCCUAAAAUCCGCACGUUGAGAACCAAGAAGGCACCAGCUGGUUUCGAGGAUGUGGAGCCUGUGUUAACCGAAUUGAACGAGAAACUGAAAGAAGCGGUGAACGAGAGUCACGAAGGCAAGAGGAAGAAUGAGGCACAGUGGCCGAUUUUUCGAAUCGAGCAUCAGAUGAGCCGAUACAUCUACGAACUCUUCUGGCGCAAGAAACAAAUUAUUAUGGAAACGGAACAAUAAUGGCUUUCUAAAUUUGGAGUGAUGUAACAGUAAAAGCAGCAACGUGUUUGAUAAACGUGUAGAACUAGUAGUAUCUGCAAAAUACCAAACAAGUGACGGUCGUGUCAAAUUUCGAGACGGAGACACUUUGUUGCAGCUUAAUAAUUUGUUCAGCUGCAACAUGUUUCCAAGUUGAAGAAUAUUCCUCUAUCGCCGGAUCGAUCCUCCUCUAAUUUCUGUCGAGAACUCUACGACUGGCUAUGCGAAGAAAAGUACGUGAAUCAAGCGUUGAUCAGCAAGUGGCGGAAGCCUGGCUACGAGCGGUUGUGCUGUAUGAAGUGUAUUCAGCCCAAGGAUUCAAACUUCGGAACCACUUGUAUUUGUCGUGUUCCACAGCACAAGUUGCACAACAGAGAAAAAGUCAUCGAGUGCCAGCACUGUGGUUGCCGAGGAUGCGCCAGUGGCGACCAAAAAGUCGUGCGCCCAAAUAACACCAAGAGUGGAGCAGUUAUCACGUCAGGUGGUCUGGAAGCAGCUGGAGCAAGUAGUUCAUCGAAAAAUAGAUUCCUCCCUUAUGGUGGCAGAGAUCCGUCGAAAGGCGACGGAGGAGAAUGCGAAGAGCAUGGUGGAGGGCUUCAGUGUCCCCCAGUCGUACCAGAGGGAGGUGAAUCUGAUGAUGAAUUCAAGUUGUGAUGGAGAGGACAUCCUUCAUUCUGUAACAUGUUGGUCACGCUGUGCUGGCUGUGGCUGCUGAUCCAUCAUCAUGGAGGAAAGCUGCAGAAUCAUGUUCACAUUACCGUCACAACUACAUGUCACACAACUCGCAUUGACGUUGCCACCAACCCCUACCCCACAACGAACUGCUCUCCUCAACUUUCUAUUACUGAAGGAAGGCAGAUUCUGAAUCUCCGCAACUACAACUUGCGAUAAAUUUUCGAUUCGCUCGUUU